UUCAGAAUGUCAGUCAUCACUACAAAACAUGCAGUAAGAACACGGAUGAGAGAAGAUCAGCCAAUAAUGGUAAAAUAUGGCAAAGACCAGAACAAUAUAGAAGCUCCUGAUGGAGGCUGGGGAUGGAUGAUCGUGCUUCAUUUUUUUCUGGUAAAUGUGUCUGUAAUGGGAACAAUGAAGAACUUUGCAAUUUUCUUUGUGGUCUUUCAAGAAAAUGUUGGUGGCUCUUCUGAACACAUCGGGUGGAUUGGCUCUAUUAUGAGCUCUCUUCGAUUCCUAGCAGCUCCGCUAGUAACGACAGUAUGUGAUAUGCUAGGAGAUCGGCAGACGUCACUGAUUGGAGCAUGCUUGUUUGGUGCUAGCUGUCUUAUUAGCACACUGGCCACUAGUAUCUCCUUCCUUUGUGUUUCUAUGGGAUUUCUAUCAGGACUGGGUUUCGCUUGCUUGUAUCAGGUGGGAGCUGUAAUGAUUGUUAAGUAUUUCAAGAAGCGGCUAGCUCUAGCCAAUGCAAUUAGUCGUUCAGGAAUGGGACUGUGUGUUGUACUGGCACCUUUUGUUCAACUCCUGAUAGAAAGUUACAGUUGGCAAGGUGCUCUACUAAUAUAUGGUGGCAUGAUGUUGAACCUUGUACCUUCUAGCAUGCUACUAUGGCCAGUUAAUAUGAAGAGAAUCAAAGAUGUAGGUAUUAGAAAUGAUGACAUGCAAAUAUCUCCAAGCUGUAAGUUUCCAGAAGCGUUUGAACACUGUCAAAACAAAAUCUGCAUCACGGGAUUAGACCAAAUGAAUCCUGCAGGUCAAAAAUGUGCUGACACAAGCAACUUCCAACUGGCUGAAGAACAACUGCCAGCUCCAGUAAACCACAAGUGUUCUGAAGUACCACAAAAAGACAAGCUUAUCAACAAUCAUUCAAACAACCAAGCCAGUAGUGAAGCCUACUUUCCAUCAUCCAAAGAAAAAGAAUCUAAGCCUUUUCCCUUCAAGCAGUGCCAUCUUGAUUUUUCCCAGCUGAAAAAUCCUUUCUUCUACCUUUUCACUUGGUCUUUUCUCUUCAGCCAGCUGGCCUACUUUGUUCCCACCUUUCAUCUUGCAGCCAGAGCUAAAACACUGGGCAUAAACUCAAUGGAUGCUGCUUACAUCAUUUCAGUGGCUGGAAUAACAGAGACAGUCUGCCUGCUGCUUUCUGGCUGGAUUGCAGAUCAGAACUGGAUUAAGAAGUAUCAUUAUCAUAAGACAUACCUCAUUCUUUGUGGUGUCACUAACCUGUUGGGUCCUCUUGCCACAACCUUCCCAACACUGAUGACCUAUGCAGUAGUCUUCGCCAUUUUCAGUGGUGGAUACUUGGCCCUUUUGCUUCCUGUACUGGUAGAUUUUGUAGGUGCCCCAGGUUUCCACAGUGCUUUGGGACUUGCUUCAUUCUUUGCUGGGUUUGGAGUCAUCAUUGGUCCUCCAAUUGCAGGUUGGUUGUAUGAUUACACUCAGACGUAUGCCUGCUCUUUCAUUUUUGCUGGCAUCUGCUUCCUUGUUUCUCCAAUUUCACUCUUCUUUGAGCCUUUAGUCCAAAAAUGGAGGAAAAAGAAAGAACUUGAACCAGCUGCUUAAGCAGACAAAGUUCUUCACCAAUGGGAAAAGCUAAAUCUUGCUGAGGCUAUAAUUAAAUUUACUGGCUUGUUCAUUGUGAGGAAAAAGGAAUAAAUUAAGGAACCUUUGCCCAAUAAGACACCUUUCUGAAACUGAUGU